AUGGGAGACGGGGUACUCUCGGAGACGGCCGGAAGGCUCCUGCUCUAUGAUCUCGUCCUGUCGUUCUUGUGGACGUUCUGGUCCUCCAUCCUCAAGCUACUGGUCAACCAACCCGUGGGGUUGGGGAUCCUCCUAAGACCGCUCGCUGAGGUCCUCAGUGGCUCGCUAUACAUUAUUUCCUUGCUUUUCUUCUCCUGGCUCGGGUUACGCACCCACGGCGGCUGCGUUAAUCCUCUGGUCCUCCUCUCCGCCGCCAUGAACGGGGACAUCUCCAUGUUCCCUCGCACAGUCGCCGGCAGGAUUCUCGCUCAGGUUAGAUUCUCGUGCUCCGUUGGGCGUUGGAUUCGUCUUCCUAUCACUCAGAGAAAUUUACCUGAAUUUCGGUGUCUGACCGAGCAAUUCCUUCGAUGAAGCUGUCUUUGCUCCUUCUUUGAUGCGUACUGUUGAAGUAGGUAAUUCGAAGAACUAGGUCAUAACACCUUCUUUCAACCUCUACCUCCCGUCGGUCUUCCGAUUUUACCUGCAUCCCACGUUCGAAUACUGCUCGAUGGGUCAACCGGACUUCCCGUUUUCCUCUGGGUCUAUUUUGUGCUAAAUACUGGCGUCCUACUAUUUCCAUUUAAUUCAAGAAAAAUAUCUUCUCUCGUUUCAAUCGUAGGAUGCCUCAUCAUCGUUCUUGAACUGAAAUUUCUGGAGUUAUCACGGAUUACGGAUUUCAUUUCUGUGCAACUGCUUUGUUUCCAUGGAGGUCCAUCUUCAUCCUCGCAAGGAAAAAGAGACAACAAUCGUCAUCCCGAAAGCACUGAGAGCUAUCAAUCCGGAUGCCUGAUCGUCUAAACGCAGACGACUCCCGCACCCUUCAACUCCUCUCUCAUACCUCUUGCUUCGAUUUCUGCCACAACCGUGCUCAGUGUUUCCGGUUGCGUUCCCUAAGCAGGGGAUGGCUUCCGCUUGCCAUCUUGUAAACGAUCUCGGUUUCUCGACCUCUGAGAGACAUCCCAUGCUCUGUAGGUAGCUGGCUCCAUCGUUGGCGUUGGAUUGGCAAGGGAAAUGUUUCCCCAAGUAGCCGACUGCCCGUGCUUGAAUGUGGACAUUCCUCGAGGAGCUCUGGCAGAGGGGCUCAUCUCAUUUUCAUACGUAGCGAUCUAUCUCGGAGCCAAGAGGAAAUACCCGAAGAACUUCGUCCGGAGAGCGUCAAUAACUGCCGUUUCCAGACUGAUUCUCCGCCUCCUGGUUGGUGGCUGCAUGAACCCUGCCUCUGUAAGCUCUUCACCAUACUCCGUCAUUACUGUUUCCCCCCUUCUUAUCACUGUUUUGUGAUUGAAACUAUUCAAAGCCGUAAUACUUAAUCUGCAGAAAAAUUGGUCAUCCUGGCAAUGGCGAACUACUGAACACAGCAAAGAUUUCUAGCACUGGAAUGAGAGUUUUUUUGUUUUCUUCUUGUUCAUUAGACAUCCAAAGAUGCAGAUUCAUGUUUUUUAUAUAAUGUAGAAAUUAAUCCCAUAGAUUGAGCAAGAGUGGGAAGGAGAUAUGAACUCUCCUGGUAGCUCAUGUGGGAUCGAAAGCCCACCCACCCAUCGAUUCCUGCUGUUCUUCCUUAGAAACCCACCAUGAUCCUGUGCUCUUGAAACCGCGCAAGUUUCAAUUCAUCAUCUAUUGCAGACAUCACCCAUCGAGUUCUCCUGAACGGUCGUCGAUUCCUGCUGUUCUUCCAUCCAAAUCCUGCAUGGAUGGUCCCACAACUUCAACUCUCAGCUCAUCAUGUGUUUCAGAGCAUGCUCGAUGGAGCCAUCAAGUUAUUUUUUUUCAUUUUUGUUAAUCUGUUCUUCUUGUUCUUGGGCACCUCUGUUUUGUCUCCAGGCCUUCGGGUGGGCGUUCUCUCGAGGAGAUCACAUAACCAAGGAGCACCUCUUUGUUUACUGGCUUGCUCCACUGGAGGGCACUCUGCUGGGUUUCUGGGUCUCUUCUCUGCUCGUUGAAGAAGGCCCCCCUCCACAAGGUGAAGAGGAGAACAAGAAAUCAGAUUAA